AUGGCAUUUCUCGGAGUAUACCGAGCCAUCUACGACUAUGUGCCCCAGAGCGAGGGUGAAUUGACUCUGACCGAGGGAGACUUGCUUNUUGUUUUGGACAACAAUUCCGACGAUGACUGGUGGAAAGCAAAGAAGAAGGCCAUGUCUGACGAUGAAGACGAGCCAGAAGGCUUGAUCCCAAACAACUACAUUGAACAAGUCUGUCGCGUCCGUAGACCCCAGUGGCUUGUUCCUGCUGACCUCUCCUNNCAGGCGCAACCUCUAUACCAAGCGAAAGCCUUGUACGACUACACCAAGCAGACCGACGAGGAGCUCUCAUUUCCUGAAGAAGCCCGCUUGGAUGUCUACGACACGUCGGAUGAUGAUUGGACACUUGUUGGCUUGAAUGGCGAGUAUGGCUUUGCUCCAGCUAUCUAUAUCGAANAGGCUUCGGCUGGCGCCGCUUCAUCUACCGCUCCCGCUGCACCUGCUAUGCCUGCGCGCCCACAGAUUGCCGAGCCUGAGCCUGAGGAGGCCGAGUGGAACGAGUCUCCGCCAGAGAGUCCGGUACAGAAUCCGGCUGCUGCCCUUGCAGGUAUCAUUGCACAAAAGACUGGCCAGUCACAAACACAGGCACGCUCAUAUCAAGCCCCUGUGGAUCGCGGUCUCGCUUCGCCACCCCUACCUUCACGACCGCAAUACACUCCUGACGAAUCUGAAGAUGAACCAGCUCCCAGCAUGCCUCCACGACCAAUCUCCAACAUUUCUCGUGAACCUGUUGCCUCGCCAAUGUAUUCUCCUGUUGAGCGCGAGCCACAAGGCGUCAGUACUUCACUUCCUUACAACAGAGCAAUGGCUAUCGACGACGAGGAGGCCGCUCUCAGGUCGCCUGGUGGUUUCCGGCUGUACAACAUAUCCGAGGUCGUUUCGCACAUGGGAAAAAACAAGAAGAUGCCUAUCACUUUGGGCAUUAACCUUGCCAAAGGUCUGGUUUCGCUCUCUCCUGCCAAGGCGCGAGAUGGUCCAUCUCAAGAGUGGUCAGCCGACCGACUUUCCAACUAUUCGAUUGAGGGCAAACAUGUUUUCCUGGAUCUGGUCCGCCCUAGUAAGAGUGUCGAUCUUCACGCUGGCGCGAAAGAUACUGCUCAGGAGAUUAUUGGUAUUCUGAGCGAAUUAGCAGGUGCCUCAAAGGCUGAGGGACUUCGCGAAGUUUGGGCAGCUAGCUCUGGCACCGGUGCCGGUGGAAAGAAGAAGGGUACAAUGCUAUACGACUUCAUGGCGCAAGGAGACGAUGAGGUCACUGUGGCCAUUGGUGACGAGGUUGUCAUCUUAGACGACACCAAGAGCGAAGAAUGGUGGAUGGUCAAACGCCUCAAGAAUGGAAAGGAAGGAGUCGUUCCGAGCAGCUAUGUCGAGAUUACUGGAACUCUUCCCGAGCCAUCAUCAGCCUACACUGGUCUCAACGCCGCUCGUUCUACCGUUGAGCAGAACAGACUUGAAGAACAGCGCCUUACGAGGGAAGUAGCUAGGUCUUCAACGAUACGCGAUUCAGACGAUGGAAGCAGACCAGAGCGUCACAGCAGUUUGGCCAAAGAGGAUCACCGUAAGAGCAGGCACAGCAAGAGCGACAAGAGUGAUAAACCGAAGCCGAACGCUGCAAGAGUGCGCACCUGGACGGAUCGAUCUGGUUCUUUCAAGGUCGAGGCCGAAUUCAUCGGCUUGAAGGACGGCAAGAUCCACCUCCACAAACAGAAUGGUGUCAAGAUUGCUGUUCCCGUUAACAAGAUGGCUAUUGAAGACCUCGAAUAUGUGGAAAGAGCGACUGGUGUUUCUCUCGAUGAGGACAAGCCGCUCUCAGAGAUCAAACGCAGAAGCACCGAAAAGAGAAAGGAGCGACCAGAUCGACUACAGCAAUCCGGCGCUACAGCAGGUGCUGUUAUCGAACAGAAACCCGACUAUGAUUGGUUCGACUUCUUCCUCGGUGCUGGUGUGAACCCACAGAUCUGCGAGCGUUAUGCUGCCGCCUUCAGUCGCGAUCAAAUGGGCGAAGAGAUUCUUCCUGAUGUCGAUACCCAGCUGCUGCGCACACUCGGCCUCAAAGAAGGCGAUAUUCUUCGUGUGAUGAAGUAUCUGGACAACAAGUUUGGUCGUACUGGGUCAAAGAAGAACGUUAGCUUCGGUGAGGAUGAUGCUGAUGGUGCGGCCAAUGGUGAGGGCGGUCUUUUCUCUGGACCUGGCGGCGCUUUGAGAAACAACACCCGCAAGGGAAGGCCUGCUCCCGCCGUACAGACGAAUGAUGUUGUUGAUGCCGACGCAUUCAAGCAGAAAGACGAGUCAUCUAAGGUUGAGACACCUCUUGCUUCUGCUCCUGCUAGACCUGCUCCACCCGCUGGAUUUGAUGAUGACGCAUGGGACGUCAAGCCGUCGAAGACUGUACCAGCUGCUGAAGUACCGGCUCCCGCUCCCGCACCUGCAAAGGCUCCUUCGCCGCCGCCAGCUCCUGCUGCUCCUGAGCCUCCAAAGCUCACUCAGAACAUGUCCGAUCUAUCUUUGCUUUCUCCCGCAUUGCAACCAACUCCCGCACCACAAGCCGCACCUCAGGCUACUACUGCGCCCCCACAACAGCCAACAAGAACUGGAGCUGACCCUUCGUUCUUCGACAAGCUUGCUGCUCCGUCUCCCUUGCAGUCACAGGUGACAGGAAUGAGACAACGCCCUGCAGCUCCAGCACAAAUGCAGACCGGCAACUCGAUGAUUGCACCACCACCGCAACGUGCGGCUUCCGCUCCCGGCCUGCCUCAGCAAGGCUUCGCUCCGCCAGCUCUGCAACCUCAAAUGACUGGUUACCAGGCACCUCCUGGUCAAAGUCUCCAGAGUUUACAACAACAGCAACAGUUCCAGCAACAGCAAAUGACCGGAUUUUCCCAGCAACCUGGCUAUCAAGGUCUUAUGCCUCAGGCCACAGGCUUCAUGCAGCAGCCCCAGCAGGGUGGCUUCCCAGCACAGUACCAGAUGCCGCAGCCUACAGGCUAUGGCCAGCAACAGCCCUUCCUCAACGGCCAGGCCACAGGCUCGCCUUUCGCAGAUCCUACCCCUCGUCCCGUUUUUCAGUCACAGCCUACUGGUAUGACACAAUCUUACACCAUGCAACCCCAGCAAACAGGUUUCGGAAUGCCACCACCCAUGCAGCCUCAGCAGACUGGACUUCCACCAGCCCUUCAACCCCAGCGUACAGGCUUUACGCCUCAGAGCCAGUUUGGUCAAAAUUAUGCCCAGCAGCAGCAGAACGGCUUUGGCAAUUAUGGACAGCAAGCACCACCUAUGCCGCCCAUGCCUGCUCAACCCACCGGCUUGCAGCCUCUUGUGCCUCAAAAGACCGGUCCUCCUCCACCAGUCCGCUUUGGCGUUCAGCCUGCUGCCAGAUUGACGCCACAGCCAACAGGUAGGGCCAACCUGUCGAAGGCGACACCACAGAACCCCUUUGGUUUCUAA